CAUUCAAUUUUACUGCGGAGGGGUUCCUCCACUCAACACCAACGAUCUUUGUUGUAGGCAGGAAGUGGUGCGUUGACAGGUUACAUAAGGUCGGUGAGCGGUGGUUACUGCUAUUAAUUUUAAUAUCUGCACAUUAGUAAAAAAUAUAAUCUGUCCUUCAAUAUGUCCGCCAGAAACCCAGGGACGAAGCUCGACCUGGAGAGGAUAUUCAAAGUGAGAGUGAACACACAGGCUGUCCUAAAGAGAGCUCAGCACAUCCAAGGACAGAAGAUCGCCAAAAAACAGUGGCAGGCCGCCUGGCUGCUGAGGGCUGUCACAUGUAUUGACUUGACCACUCUGGCUGGAGAUGAUACACCGUCCAACGUCCAUAGGCUGUGUCUGAAAGCCAUCCAGCCUGUCCGAUAUGACCUGCUCAAGGAGAUAGAUAUGCACGACAAAGGAGUGACGACAGCUGCAGUGUGUGUGUAUCCAUCUCGUGUGGCUGACGCUGUAAAGUCACUUAAAGCAGCUAACUCCAGCCUUCCUGUUGCCUCAGUGGCCACUGGAUUCCCAGCAGGCCAGACACCACUAGAGACCCGGCUGCAGGAAGUCCGCAUGGCUGUGGCUGACGGAGCCACUGAGAUUGACAUCGUCAUCAAUAGGAUGCUCGCUCUCACAGGACAGUGGGAAGCCAUGUAUGAUGAGAUCUGUCAGUUUCGGAAGGCCUGUGGUGAUGCCCACAUGAAGACCAUCUUGGCUAUUGGAGAACUGGGCACCUUCACCAACAUCUAUAAGGCCAGCCUGGUUGCCAUGAUGGCUGGUUCAGACUUCAUAAAGACGUCCACUGGAAAGGAGACCAUCAACGCUACUUACCCCGUCGCCAUAGUGAUGGUGAGGGCCAUCCGUGACUACUUCCUGUGUACAGGCCACAAGGUGGGCUUUAAGCCAGCAGGGGGGAUCCGAACGGCCCAAGAAUCUCUGGUAUGGCUCACUCUGAUCAAAGAGGAGCUGGGCAACGACUGGCUCUGCCCUCACCUGUUCCGCCUGGGAGCCAGCAGCCUGUUGGCUGACAUCGAGAGGCAGAUUUACCAUCAUGUGACUGGACAAUAUGCAGCCUAUCAUGAGCUGCCUAUGGUGUGAAGCUCUUGAGAUGCUGUUCAGAAGACCAAUGAGAACCUCAAGCUCACCACACAAGCCUAUUACUGCUCAUCCAGGCAGCACACUGUCUACUGAUAUAUUCUGUUAACCACACUAAUGUUCAGUGCUUUUGCUGAAAGCUGGGACCACUGUCUGUGACAUAGAAAACAGGUUUAUACUGUUACUCUAUAUAUAUUAUAUAGAGCUAAUCUGAUGUACUCAUACAGACUUUGCACUUAUGAAGAAAUAAAAACAGGUGUUACAGAUAUAAUAAACCAGUUAUAUUUGUCAGUCAGUGUGAAGGAUGUGCUGAGUUGAAAUGUGUUUUAUGUGAAGCAGGAAAAACUAAUGACUUUAGAUAAAUUAGAAAGAAGAAAACAGUAUUUUUCAAUUUUGUUUUGUCCUUCAGAUCCUGAAAGCCUUAAACUUAAAGUCUGGCGCUUGCCGAUCUUUUACAAAAAUAAAAGAUAAUAUAUGAGAAAUGUUAA